UGAGUCCCUGCUCGCCUCAGCGGAGCUGCGGCUCCCGGGCAAGGCCUGGCGAGGGCUCGAGGCUCCCUCGGUGGCUCCCGCCGCUCGGAACUGAGGCUCCGGGACGCGGGGUUUCCCCUGGCUCCGGUGCUGAAGGCUCCUCUCUGGAGCCGCUCACCUCGGGAAAUGACCCAAGAUGUUAAGAAUUAGACCUUACAAAUUGAAUCCCAGACUGUUCCUGAAGACCACUUCAAAAACAUCAGAACCCGUCUCACACUGUUGCCUUCAGCAGUCUUAGGAGUGCCAGGUACCCAACACAGCCGUGUAAUUUGAACCAACUGAGUCAAAAGAAAUCUCAUUAAGGACAGUUUCUCCCCUUUUACCUGAGGCCGUGUUUGUUUUAGGUAAAUUAAGUUAAAGGAGGGGCUGAAAGGCCCAGGCAAGAGCCCAGCCAUCAGGCUUCAGACCAUCAAAUGCCAUGGAGGGUGCAGCUGCAAGUCUCCUGCUCCAGGCCGCAGUGCAAUGUGUCUGUCAUCGCUCCCAGGACACCCAGCAGCAGCAGCGCCCACCACCCCGGCCAAGGGAGCACCCAGCGAGCAGCCCUGCCUUAUGGAGGCCCUGGAUGAUCACAGCCAGAGACAGUGAGAUGACAGAGAAUCAACAAAUGUCAGAACUGGAUGGUCAACUAGUAAAUUUUAGAUCAAAAGGAGCCCUGGGAUUUCAACAUCCAGUGAGACUUUAUUUGCCCAAGUCCAAAUCCCAAAAGUUUCUUAAUAACAUCGGAGAGAAGAUUCUGGCAAGCUUUCCAGUACAAGCCACAAUUCACUUCUACAAUGAUGACGCCGACUCUGAGGAAGAUGAAGAAGAAAUCAGUUCAGCCUAAGAAUGAGCAGUGGGUCAGCCUUGACAAACACAAAAUAAAAAUGAAAAAACUCGAAAGAUAAAAAAACUGUCAGAAACAUACGGAUAAACAUCUGACCAAACAAAGAAAUACAUCAAAGCUCAAACUAUUUAUAACUAUCCUACCAAAAAGAAUGAGUGAAUGCAACUGGAAACUAAGAGGAAAUCGUUUUGUGUUUUCAGAGACUUUUAAAUAAAACCCUGAAGCUGAACAGAAGAUUAUAAGGUUUGAAUCAAGUUGGUUUAAGUAACAUGGAUUAAGAACAUUAAGAACACUGAACUUAAUUACUAUUUUUUACUUUGCAGUCCUGAUAAAAUGAAAAUAGAAUUGAUUAUGGGGCAAAAUAAUAUAAUGUACAGAGCCAAAAUAACCCAAAAGCUUUGAAACAUAAUGUUUGAAUCUAAGGAAGAAACUAUUUAAAAUGCAAGGACUAUUGCUUAUUAGCUCUGGGGGAAUGUUUAUUCUGACAUCAGGUUCCUCCCUGUCAUUGGAGAAGUGCCUUAGUGUCAGUCAGAAAAAAGUCAUUAUUAAAAACUAUGAACGAUAUGUUAAA